CGAUGCUGACUCACUUCUUUGCAAAGUCUUAUGGGUAAAUAAAUCCAAGAUGUCGGAAAGAUACAGCUUCAGUUUGACAACUUUUAGCCCUUCGGGUAAACUGGUACAGAUUGAAUAUGCCUUGGCUGCUGUCGCCGCUGGUGGACCUUCCGUUGGAAUUAAAGCUUCAAAUGGAGUAGUGUUGGCAGCAGAAAAGAAACAAAAGUCCAUUCUCUAUGAUGACAGUACUAUUCAUAAGGUUGAGAUAGUUACAAAAAACAUUGGAAUGAUCUACAGUGGUAUGGGGCCUGAUUACAGAGUGCUUGUUCGUCAUGCCAGAAAGAUUGCACAGCAAUACUAUUUGAUGUACAAAGAACAAAUACCAGCUUCUCAACUUGUACAAAGACUUGCAUCUGUAAUGCAGGAAUAUACACAAUCAGGUGGUGUUAGGCCAUUUGGAGUUUCACUCUUAGUAGCUGGUUGGGAUGAUGAUAGGCCAUAUUUGUUCCAGUGUGAUCCCUCUGGUGCAUAUUUUGCAUGGAAGGCAACAGCCAUGGGAAAGAAUUACGUCAAUGGAAAAACAUUUUUAGAAAAACGGUACAACGAGAGUCUAGAACUGGAAGAUGCUAUUCAUACUGCAAUAUUAACACUAAAAGAGAGUUUUGAAGGCCAAAUGACUGAAGAUAACAUAGAGAUUGGUGUCUGUAAUGAAAAUGGUUUCCGUCGAUUGUCACCAGCCGAGAUCAAAGAUUACCUUGCUGCAAUAGUGUCUUAGCAAAACUUGUAAAACCAUAUYGUAGCUAGCUAGUAUUAGUGUUCUGUAUUUUGUGAAAGAACCACAAGCAUUCAAACUUUUUACCACAAAGAAAGAGGCUUUCUUGUUAUUCUUUCACAACAUUCUCUAUCAAUGUGUAUGUCACUAACUCCACAAUAAAUUCAUUGAGAUUACUGUUACUCUAGGUGUUUUGUAAAUUUGUGCUGAGCAUGAAAUUAAAAUAAUGUUAUGUAUUAUCA